AACCGUAACACUGUUGCACAAAUUCACCAUCACGAAAGAGCGCACCAAAUUUACAAAACGAAUUUUGCAUGCACCACGAUGACACCCAUUUUCCGACUGGAACAGUUUCCGCACGUUUGCCGGCUUUGCCUGAAGGCAUCAAACUCGCAACCGUUGCACAGGGAGGUGAUGGUUCCCCUCAGUGCGACAGACCCCGUGUUGGAUGGCGGGAGUAUUCGAGACUUUAUCACAGCCAUCACGUUUGUGAUAUCGGAGGACAAACACGAUCUCCUACCGAGCAUGGUCUGCCUGCCUUGUCUAGAACUGCUGAGAUUCUUCGCCAAGUACCGCUCCAAGAUCACCACGAUCCACCUGUUGAUGAACUCGUUGGUCGAACUGAAGCGCUCCAAUUCUGUACCGCUUGUGGAUCUCUUCCGCAGUAAAUCCGACCUAGUGCGAAUGGUGAUUAAAGACCUUGACCUGUGCACCGUAGAUGAUUAUUCCGUUGAGGAUUUGUUGGAUGAAUUUCCACAGUACAAACAUAGUGCCAAAGAUCUCUUGGAAGACGUGAACCCAAAAUCGGAUGUCAUCUACGCCGAGGAAUGUACCCCCGACGAAUUGAACGAGUUGACAAAAGAUUGUCCUAUACUGCUGGAGACGGACAGUUCCGAUGAUUAUCCUAUUUUUAAGCAAUUGAAACCCCCGAUUAAAUCCAAGUAUGGAGGCAGAAAACUGGAAACGCCGCUGGAAUGCCAAAAAUGCAACUUCAAGACGUACUACAAGCGUAAUUUACAGACACACCAACAGAAACACGUCAAGCGGGAAAUUCGCCGCUAUCCUUGCAAGGAUCCAGGUUGUACGGAGGUUUUCAAUACCAUUCGAAUGUACCAACGACACAGUUCGGUGGCGCAUAAAUCGUUCGUCUGUGACAUCUGUGGACUUCGGUGCUCUUCGAAAAACUCCUUGAAAAGUCACAUGGAUCGUCACUUGAACAAAUUCGAACACGUGUGUCCCUACUGUCAAAGAGGCCACAACACAAAGGGCGAUCUGCGCAACCACAUUAAAUUUGCACACUCGGACGACUGCACUUUCCCGUGCAAAAUUUGUGGGCUAAUCUUCCGGAGGAAAACCAUUCUUAAUAAGCAUAUACUCUCGCACAGCGAUACGCUCAACGUUGCCUGUAAGUUGUGUGACAAGAAAUUCAAAAGGAAUCACAGCCUCAUCCAGCACGUCAAAAUUGUUCACGAUAUGAUUCGGCUUCCGUGCAGCUACUGUUCUAAUGCCUACCAAACUACGUACAAACUGAAGGAACAUAUCGAAAGUGUUCACGGGGUUCAAACCAGGUUUGUGUGUGACGUGUGUGUCCAGGUGUUCGACAGCCAGGAGAAAUUGGACAGUCAUAAGGCCCGCCACGAUGAUCCUAAAGAGCUUGAGUGUGCGACUUGUUUGGUUGUAUUUCCGUCUGCUGACCGGUUUGAUAACCAUAUGUGCAUAAGUUAUCGAGAUGACUACAUGUGUUGCGGGCGCGACUUGCGUUACCAUUACUUCUAUAACAAGCAUAUGCUCAUCAAACAUGGCGUCCGUGUAAACGUUCGUGUGAAACCCAUUCCGGGGCUGCUGAUGGGGCAGAUGAGAGCCAAAAGGAAGCGCAUCGAGACUUGUCCCAAGUGUGAGCAAAUAUUUGCCACCAGGACACAGAAAAAGCAACAUAUGGAAAUCUGCGCGGGAUCCGAAGGCGACGGCACGGCUCAAAUAGUGCCAGCAAUAGCGGUGGCUUCCUCCAACGUCGAUCUGGUUGGCUCUGUUGCAACCGUUGAAAAUGGCUGA